AUGACGAAGAAAGCCGGUGAGACAAGUACCCCAGGUGAGCGUGGGGGGGAGAUGGUGGCACCAGCGCCAUCUCUCAAGCUCUCCAAGACCAAUUACUGCAUUUGGUCACUGAGAAUGGAGGUAUAUCUUGAUUCUCACGAUUUAUGGCAGGCCAUUGUCGAAGAGAAUGAUGACAGUUCUUGA